AUGUUGAGUUUAACUCACUCCUUCGACAGUAUUAUUCUUACUCUCGAGAACGAGCUUCGCAAGUCGCUCCUCGCUCUCUCCACCCUCAUCGUCACUGCUGCACGUGAUCUCACUCUCCUCAAGAAUCGACUCGAGCAUCCACAAGAAAUGAUCGUUGCCGAAAAUUGGCACCAAGUUCUCCUCGGUAUCCCAGACAGACGCGUCGGGGAGAGCAAGUGGGUUCUCGAACUCGGUCUUCUGGCACACCCAGCAAUCCGCAUGAUAGUUCUGCUUGCGAAUGUAGUUGAUGAGACGGAGACGUUGAUAGCUGUUCAGUUUGUUGUCCUCAACGUUCUUCAGAAGAUCGAAAUCGUGAGUGGUCUUCAUAUGGUCGAGAAGCGACUGAGCAUUGUCUUCACUAGCGUCGCAAAGAAGGCAGACAACGCGGGUCUCAUCAGCGUCGAGGUUGUCUUCUUCCCACUCACACCAUUCAUUGUCUUCCUCCUCCUCAUCAGAAUCCUGGAACGUCGGCAUCGUGUCUUCAAAGUCCUCAGCGAGCACAUCGAGCCAACGUUUGCCAAGCUCCAAGUAGUUGAUGAUGUAGAACUUGUCGUAGUAGUGAUUCUUCGGGUUCACCUCACGAUGGUUUCUCUUUCUCAUGUGAUCCAUGAGAGUAUUGCGAUCCGGGAAUAUCUUCUCGCAGUAAAUGCACUCGUUGCGGUGGAGUUUCUCCUUCAAAUGCUCGAUAUACUCGGUGACGAACACCAAAUUAUCCGGAGAUCCCAAGUUGAGAUGAUGAAUCAUGUACAGAUGGUGAAUGAUCUUCGAGCGAUUUCCACGAGCGUUGUAGCGGCAGAAGAUGCAUUGAACCGGCUCGAUUCUUGGGAAAAUGUUGUCGAUGCUCUCCUUAGCGAAACGUUGACGCCAAUGUUCGAUAUAGCGUUUUGGAUCGACAAUCAAGUGCAUCUCGGAGACGACGAUCUUGUGCUCCUUGAGAAGAUGCUCGGCGAAUCCGGUGACUUGCUCUGGGAGAUCGAAGAAUUCCAGACAACUGACACACAUCGUCGGGCCACCCCAACGUGGAGAGUAUCCAACGAGUGGGACAGUUCCAGAUAG